GGAAAGAGAGAGAGAAAGAGAGGGAGAGAGAGAGAGCAGGACCCGAUAGAGGAGCGACAGGAGGAAAAAGAUUAGAGAAAAAACGAACAACGACACAAAUGGCACUCAUGGCAGGGAUUUUGUUCACGGUUACCUUUCUUAUUUCUGGGAUUUCUGCACUUGGCUCCUCGUCACGGAUAUAUCCCCCAAAUGAAGUCACGUUAUUGGACUCCAGAGCUGUGCAGGGGGAGCUGGGAUGGGUCUCCAGCCCGGCAGAAGGAGGGUGGGAGGAAGUGAGCAUUAUGGACGAAAAGAACAUCCCUAUCCGGACAUACCAGGUGUGUAAUGUCAUGGAGCCAAAUCAGAACAACUGGCUCCGCACCGACUGGAUUCCCCGUGGAGGUGCCCAACGGGUCUACAUCGAGAUCAAGUUCACCCUCCGGGACUGCAACAGUCUACCGGGGGUCAUGGGAACCUGCAAGGAAACCUUCAAUCUGUACUACUACGAAUCCAACAAUGACAAGGAGCGCUACAUUCGUGAGAACCAGUUCGGCAAGAUAGAUACCAUCGCUGCAGACGAGAGCUUCACUCAGGUGGACAUCGGCGAUCGCAUCAUGAAGCUCAACACAGAGAUCCGGGAUGUGGGCGGCUUGACUUGGAAGGGUUUCUACUUGGCCUUCCAGGAUGUUGGAGCGUGCAUCGCACUUGUUUCCGUCAGGGUCUUCUAUAAGAAAUGUCCCUUAUCUGUGCGUAACUUGGCCCAGUUUCCUGACACUAUCACCGGGGCAGAUACUUCAUCAUUGGUGGAAGUCCGUGGCUCAUGUGUGGAUAAUUCAGAGGAGAAGGAGGUUCCCAAGAUGUACUGUGGAGCUGACGGAGAGUGGUUGGUGCCCAUUGGGAACUGCUUGUGCAACCCUGGAUAUGAGGAACGCAAUGGAGAAUGCCAAGCCUGUAAGAUUGGUUACUACCGCGCUCUGGCCACCGAUGGAUCUUGUUCCAAGUGUCCUCAACAUAGUUACUCCGUCAGGGAGGGCUCCACCUCCUGCGUCUGCGACAAAGGAUACUUCCGCUCUGAAACAGACCCGGCGUCCAUGCCCUGCUCUCGCCCUCCGUCAGCUCCUGUCCAUCUCAUCUCCAACGUAAAUGAGACAUCUGUGAACCUGGAGUGGAGCGCUCCUCGGAGCUCGGGGGGACGCCAGGACUUGACGUACAACGUGGUGUGCAAGCGCUGCGGGCCCGACGGCCGGCGCUGCCAGGCCUGCGGUAACGGCAUCCACUUUAGCCCCCAGCAGCUGAGCCUGAAGGGAACCCGGGUGUCCAUCAACGAGCUGCAGGCUCACACCAACUACACCUUUGAGGUGUGGGCGGUGAACGGAGUGUCCUCUCAGAGCCCGGGGCCCGACCAGGCCGUGUCCGUCACCGUCACCACCAACCAGGCCGCUCCCUCUCCAGUGACUUCCAUCCAGGGUAAAGAUAUCACCAGACACACCAUCUCCCUGUCCUGGCAGCCACCAGAUAGAGCCAACGGGGUUAUCCUCGAGUACGAGGUCAAAUACUAUGAAAAGGACCAGAAUGAAAGGAGCUACCGCAUCAUAAAAACAGCAUCUAGAAACACAGAAAUCAAAGGCCUCACCCCCCUCACUUCCUAUGUGUUUCACGUGCGCGCCCGCACGGCGGCGGGCUACGGGGAAUUCAGCAACCCGUUUGAGUUCAUGACCAACUCUGUCCCGGCUCCUAUCAUCGGGGACGGGGCCAACUCCACGGUGCUGCUGGUGUCGGUGGUGGGCAGCGUCGUCCUCCUCAUCAUACUCAUCAGUGCCUUUGUGAUCAGUCGAAGAAGGAGUAAAUACAGCAAGGCCAAGCAGGACUCUGAUGAAGAGAAACACUUACAUCAAGGAGUGAGGAUUUACGUCGACCCGUUCACCUACGAGGAUCCAAAUCAAGCCGUCCGCGAGUUUGCAAAAGAGAUUGAUGCAUCUUGCAUCAAGAUUGAGAAAGUUAUUGGCAUCGCGCCUGUGUUCUCAGGGGAGUUCGGGGAGGUCUGCAGCGGCCGGCUGAAGAUGCCGGGCAAGAGGGAGAUCUGCGUGGCCAUAAAGACCCUGAAGGCCGGCUACACCGACAAGCAGAGGAGGGACUUCCUGUCCGAGGCCUCCAUCAUGGGCCAGUUCGACCACCCCAACAUCAUCCACCUGGAGGGCGUGGUCACCAAAUGUAAGCCGGUGAUGAUUAUCACGGAGUACAUGGAGAACGGAUCGCUGGAUGCAUUCCUGAGGAAAAACGACGGGCGCUUUACGGUGAUCCAGCUGGUGGGGAUCCUGCGAGGCAUCGCGUCGGGCAUGAAGUACCUGUCAGACAUGAGCUACGUCCACCGAGACCUGGCGGCGCGCAACAUCCUGGUCAACAGCAACCUGGUGUGCAAGGUGUCCGACUUCGGCAUGUCCCGCGUGCUGGAGGACGACCCCGAGGCCGCGUACACCACCCGGGGAGGCAAGAUACCGAUCCGCUGGACGGCCCCGGAGGCCAUCGCGUACAGGAAGUUCACCUCGGCCAGCGACGUCUGGAGCUACGGCAUCGUCAUGUGGGAGGUGAUGUCAUACGGCGAGAGACCGUACUGGGACAUGAGCAACCAAGAUGUGAUAAAGGCCAUCGAUGAGGGCUACCGCCUGCCCCCCCCCAUGGACUGUCCUGUGGCGCUGCACCAGCUCAUGCUGGACUGCUGGCAGCGGGAGAGGGCCGACCGGCCAAAGUUUGGACAGAUUGUCAACAUGCUGGACAAGCUGAUCCGUAAUCCCAACACCCUGAAGAGGACCGGAGGAGAGACUACCGUCAGGCCGAGCACCACCCUGCUGGAGCCGGGCAGCCCCGAGGCGGCCCCCGCGGUGGGCACGGUGGAGGACUGGCUGCAGGCCAUCGGCAUGGAGAGAUACAACGACAACUUCACUGCAGCCGGAUACACCACUCCCGAGGCCGUGGUGCACAUGACACAAGAGGACAUGGCUCGCAUCGGCAUCUCCUCGGCAGCGCACCAGAACAAGAUCCUGAGCAGCGUCCAGGGAAUGCUGUCCCAAAUGCAGCAAAUACAAGGCAGAAUGGUUCCCGUCUGAGAGAUUCAAGCAAAGAAAAAAGAAGCAAAACAACCUUGUUUCUAAUGAAAAAAUGAAUAAUUAACAAAAAAAAAAGUUUAAA